AUGUACGAAGAAACUAGCUACGAGUCCGAUUUGGCUCUUUUGGAUUCCAUUCGCCGCCACUUACUCGGGGACUCCGAGGAUCACAAAUUCGGAGACCCCAAUGUUGUUAUCUCCGGUAACACUCCACUUUACUCUCGGAGCUCCAGUUUCAGCAGGUUGUACCCGUGUUUGAGUAACGAUUGGGGAGAACUUCCUCUUAAGGAAGAUGAUUCGGAGGACAUGGUGCUCUACAGUGUUCUCCGCGAUGCCAUCGACUUAGGGUGGGUCCCAUCUCUCGACGCAGGAUCACCGGAAAGUUUCUCGUCGUGUUUCACCCCGGAAGUGACGGUGAAACCCGAACCGGAUGUAUUUCCGGCGCCGGAACCUGUUUUCACCCCUCCGGUGGUUCAGAAGGAUGCAGCGGCGGUUGUUCCGGCGAAGGGGAAGCACUACCGGGGCGUUCGGCAGCGGCCGUGGGGGAAAUUCGCGGCGGAAAUCCGCGACCCGGCUAAAAACGGAGCUCGGGUUUGGCUCGGAACGUUUGAGACGGCCGAGGACGCCGCGCUGGCAUACGAUCGAGCCGCGUAUCGAAUGCGCGGCUCGAGGGCUUUGUUGAAUUUCCCGCUUCGGAUUAAUUCGGGCGAGCCCGAACCGGUUCGGGUGACGUCGAAGCGGAGUUCGCCGGAGCCUUCAUCUUCGUCGGAGAGUGGAUCGGUGGCGAAGCGGCGGAAGAAAGCGGUGCGGUCGACGGUGACGGCUCCAAGUGGAUUGAGAACGGGGCAAGUGGGAAGUCAAGUGGCCGAGUGCACACGUGUGGAGCAGUUGUUGGUUAACUAA